AUGAAAGGGGUAAGGGAACACAACCCAGUGAAUCCAGAGAAGAAUCCACAACGAUCCACUGAGAAAUGGCCCCCGACCUCUCCCCAUCCAAAAGCUGGAGAUGAAGCGAACGAGGACGAACACCACGUUACCAGACACCAGUUCCCCGACUCCACGGUGCCGAAACUCCUGAAGACUUCACUGGACGAUGCUUGCGGUGGAACUGAUGCAAAGAACGCGGCUGGUGGAAUUUUUAUACCCCUUUCCUGGACGGGAUCGCUCGGAGGCGUGGGAGGCGUGGGAGGGCGUCCCACCCACAGUGACCUUGGACAACCCUUUCUCUCUCCUCCCACGCCUCCUCCCUCGCCCGUCCCUCCGAGGGGGAAACGUGAAGAUGAAGAAGACAGGUCUGUUGCUCCUGUAUACUUCAGGAGGUUGUCACAAAGCACUGAAAAGGAGCUUUUGGUUGGAGCUCUGGAAGAAUCAGGGAAAGUCUCUCUCAGACCAUAUUCUGUGCGCAAGAGAAUCCAAGAACUGAAUCUCAGGGCUUUUGAAUUUGGUGAGACCAUUCUUGCACUUCAGGGGUUUCCAGUGCGGUUUCACAAAGUGCCACAAAAUGCCAGCAGUGUUCAGUGUUCUCCCUGGGCAUCACCAAAACUACUGAGUCCUGUUGAUGUGAGACAGUUGGCAAUUAGCAGAUCCAUGGAGGACAUCUAUCUUAGAACUCCCAUUCCAUCCCCUGUCCGCUCUAGACGAAGGUCAAGAAAUUCUGAAUCAAAAGGAUCUGAGCAACACCAACAUGACAGUGAACAAUUACUCUCUACCAAUGGUGCAAGACUGGAAUCAUUGCUGAAGAGUGUGUCUACCUUUUCACGUGUGUUAUCACAAGGUGAAGUCAAGGGACUCACUUCCUUUCUCUACACAAAGGAUGAGAAACUCCUGCAACGAAUCCUGAUCACAAUUUCCAACUGCUCAGCCUUCUCCAUGAAUCAAGCUGCUUCCCAAGACUGGAGGGUCUCCUGCACCAUCAUUCUCGACAUGUGA